UCAAAAGCCGGCAAAAGUUGCAGUUUCGCGGCAGCCGGGCGCACACUAGACUGUCGCCAGCCGCCAGACGCCAUCGAGCGGCCGCGCGGGCAACUAUAUCUGAUAUCUGAGCACAGCCCUGCCCGCGCCAAAGCGCCAAAAGCGCCAAAAAAAAGCGAUGGUCGUCCACGACUACAACUGGAUUUUAGGAAGCGAGGCGGCCCUGGACUGCGUCGCCAAGUGCCUCACGAUCAUUUAUGGCGAGGACGACGGCUUCGCGCUGCCGCCGAAGCGGAGCCUCGCCUACUACGACGACCUAUGGACGUGGUGGACGCGCCUGCGGCCCGUCGACGUGGAACCGAAGCUCGCGGCCCUCGUGGCCAGUUGCCACGCCGACGCCUGGCUCUCCGAGGACGUGGGGGGGAACCAAAUUUUCGUGGCGCCCUCGUACAGUAUCUUGGGGCUGCUGCUCCUGGCCGCGGGCGCGCGGGCGCCGCGGGACCUGGCCCACGCCCUCGUGAGCGCGGCGCGGCGCGACUGCCAGCGCGUCCUCGACCUGGGCGCGCCCGCCGAGUCCUUCGCGCACGCGCACCGGAGCGAGCUCGUCAAGCGCCUCUUCGCCCACGACUUCGGGAGGACGGAUCGGCGGGAGUUAGUCCGGGAGCCCUUCGGGCCGCGCGAGGUGCAGCUCUGCGCGAAGGUCGCGGACGGCGCGCUGACGGUGGGGACCGGCGACGAAGCCGUGCCGCCGUGGUUUCCGUCUCAGAAGGCCGUCGCGCCGCGCCUCGCCGUCUCCGGCCUUGGGGAGGACGCCUGCGCGCCGUGGUGCGGCGCACCGACGUUAUUCGCGCUGGCCGAGCGGCGCGAAUCAGUUCCCUACUCCCCUCCGCCGCGGCCGGCGCUCUCCACGCAUCUCCCGGCGCUCGGCGGCCUCGAGGUCCUCGACUUCGCGCCGACGGCGGCGGAGGCGGAGGCGGAGGACGACGAGCCGCCCGCGCCGCCGGACCUGCGGCGCGAGGCGCCCGACGCGCUCACGACGCUCGGCCACAUGGGCUACGAGCCGGCCGCCGCGAAGCGCGCCCUGGCCGCCGCCAAGGGCGACUUCUCCAAGGCCGUGCGGGCGCUCGAGCGCGAGUGCCGCCGCGCGUCGGGCGCGGACCCGGUCCUGGACGCGGCGACGGGCGGGCGGGCGUCGGCGGCCGUGCCGCCGUCGCUCGCCGACGACCAGUCCUGCGACGUCUGCGGCGCGGGCAACUGCAAGCGGCGCUGCGGGCGCUGCCGCGAGGCGUACUACUGCUCCGAGGAGUGCCAGCGGAGCGCGUGGCCCGCGCACAAGGAGGCCUGCGCGGCGCCGGCCGCGAACCGCGUGACGCCGACGAAGCUGUGAUAAACUUAAUC